UGUUUUGACGAAGCGGUUGCUAUCGAGUACAAAGAAAGCGCAUUCUGAGUCGUGGAUACUCGGGAUUUGCUUUGGAUCUUUCACUCGAUGCAUGGACAGGACGACAGGACCAGCGAAGGAGGCAACAACGCCACAACCCCAAGGGGAAGAAGAGAGGAAGCCCAAGCUAGUAUUACUGAGUGACGAUGAGUGAUGAUUUCUCGGAAAAGUUCUUUCAAUAUGUCGAUGAACGGAAGGGGCUCUACAUUGAACGAUUGGCGGAAGCCGUGGGCAUCCCUUCUGUUUCUUCGGAACUGGAUACUCAUUUGCCCGACAUUGUCAAAAUGAUGACUUGGACCAAAGAACACGCCGAUCGAUUGGGAGCCAAGACUACCUUGCUACCCAACCCUGCGGCAACACCUGAGAGACCCUUGCCACCGAUCUUGCUGGGCGAAUUUCACGUGGAUCCUGCCAAGAAAACGGUCUGUGUAUAUGGGCAUUUGGAUGUACAGCCAGCCAAAAAGGAGGAUGGUUGGGACACGGAUCCCUUUGUUCUGACCGAGAAAGACGGCAAACUCUACGGAAGAGGGAGCACUGAUGACAAGGGCCCAGCAUUGUCAUGGCUAUGGGUUGUUGAGGCCCAUCGCGAGCUCGGAGUGGAGCUACCCGUCAAUUUGAAGAUCUUAUACGAAGGAAUGGAGGAGUUUGGCAGUGACGGGCUCUUUGAAUGCAUUAAAGAAGAAGCCAAGGAGGGAAAGUUUUUGGAUGAUGUGGAUUUCUUUUGUAUCUCAGAUAAUUAUUGGCUAGGCAAGACAAAGCCAUGCCUAACUUACGGUCUACGGGGCAUAGCCUACUUUGAGUUGCAAGUACAAGGGUGUGAACAGGAUUUGCAUUCGGGUGUCCUUGGAGGAACAGUCCACGAAGCAAUGACGGACGUUAUCAAACUCAUGGGCACCUUGGUGGAUAGCAAUGGCAAGAUAUUGGUGAAAGGUGUCAUGGAUGACGUUGCGCCGGUCACGCCAGAAGAGGAAGCAUUGUACGACAAUAUUGAGUUUGACAUGGAAGCUUACAAGGAGGAAAGCAAAGUUAGUUCAGUCAGCAAUAAACUUCUUCACCCGGACAAAAAGUCGCUGCUGAUGCAUCGAUGGCGAUAUCCAACGCUGUCUUUGCACGGAAUCGAAGGGGCCUUUUCUGGCCCAGGAGCCAAAACUGUCAUACCCUCGAGGGUUAUUGGGAAAUUCUCCUUGAGACUGGUUCCCGAUCAAAAGGCUGCCCAAAUUGAAUCGGUUGUCAAGGAGCACGUCGAGGCCGAGUUUGCCAAGUUGGGCUCUCCGAACAAAAUGUCGAUCAAGAUGUCCCAUGGAGCCAAGGCAUGGCUCUCUUCACCAAACCAUCCCAAUUUCCAAGCUGCCUCAAAAGCCACAGAACGGGUCCAUGGUAUGCCACCCGAUUUGACCCGAGAAGGAGGAUCCAUCCCCAUUACCAGCGCAAUUGAAGAUGCUACUGGCAUGAAUGUACUGCUCCUGCCGAUUGGAGCUUGCGACGACAUGGCACACUCACAGAAUGAAAAGUACAACAUUCCCAAUCUCACGAAUGGUAUCAAGGUGCUAGGGGUCUAUUUGCACGAAGUAGCAAAGAUCGAAGGUCCGAAGCCAAGUACAUGCAAAUGCGUCCCUCUCACGGAAGAAGAGCUGAUGGUUCCUGGGGCUUUUAUGAAAGGUUUCCGUUGCAAGUGCGAGAUCUAGCUACUAGUAUGCUGCUUUUCGUGGUCCCCUACAACAAGAUUGCUUCGUAGGCAAUGCCAAUCAAUUCGAACUAUAGUAGCUACUCUAGAAGACACCACGAAAUCACUACAAAGAUGAUGUUAUUUCCUUUCUUGUUAGAAGGAUUUGAUCACAAACGUUGCAAAGGUGUGCAAUCUUCUUCGAGUUUAGUGGCACGGCUUCCAUUUCAAUGCCGACUCAAUCCAAACACAAUCAAGCAUUAGUCGUUCGAUUCGAUUCUAUCUUUGUAAACAAACAAUCUGGAAUGGCGGGAUCA